AUGAGGCUUUUUGAUUCAGUCACAAUAGGGCUUUUGAUCUCGUUGUUAUGCGAAUUUGUUAGUGGAACCACGGAAUGCGAGGCGUGCGAGCAGCUGGUCAUCAACAAGGUUGGAGAGAGGAAAUGUGUGCGAAGAGCGCAAUGUUGCGAACGUAAGUUGAUGUUUUGAAAGUUGAAAGUUUUCUUGACAAAACAAGGCAUAAAGUACCUUCAUGAAACUUACGAAGUUCCACAAAAAUUAAUGCGUCAUCAUACAUACAGGGAGUCUCAAAAAAAUUAAAACUUUUUUAUGGGUCCUGACGCAAUGUGGUUAGGUUUUCUUUCACUUACUGGACAUUUAAAACUGCUGAAAAGCUCCUUGCAGCAUGUGAUUACUUUGGACACAACGUGCUUUCUAUACCGGGCAAAUUAGCAAUUAGGUUAAAAAACAGGUCCGAAAUCGAGGUCCCUCUGUUUGACAUUCAAAAAAAGAAUGUAAAUAUUAGGUUGGCUAAAAAGUUCUUGAAAUUUUUUACGAUUUCUUCUUUGUGCCAAAACUUGUUCGCGGUUGACAAACAAUAACUGCUAUAUCCAUGCUAAGUAACUGUCACAUAGUCCCUACAAUACCAAUGCUGACCGACGUCUUCAGCAGGCUUAUCAAAGGAGUUAGGCUUAAAAUCUUUUUUUGGAGUCACUUUUUGGAUGUUCAAAUGUAUUAAAGUUUCUGCCCUGAAGACAGUGCGCCAGUUUAUGGAACUGAUGUCUGUUACAGUCGCCGAUGCUCAAGCUGUAAAACCGUCGGGGAAGUGGAUCCCAUUCGAAAUGUUUAGAAACUUUUUACUAACAUCUUUGUGGCGCAUGGCUUUCCGCGUCGUCCCGGUAUCCCAAGCGGCGGUUUUCUUUUUGCCGGUUGCCGGCAGCUGGCCAAGGUAGCAUGUAUAAACACCCUUCGUAACUGUGUUACCAUUUAGUAAUAACGGCAAGAGCGUAGGCCUAUGACAAUUCCAAGAGCGACUCAAAAAUACCCUCCUGGAGAUGGACCGUUGCUUGGAUCUGAACUUCAGAAUCCUGCACGUCAAAUCAUUGGCUCUUGUUUACAUGGUUAUAAUACAGGACAUACUUCUCAUUAACGAGCACUAGUUGGGCUACUGAGAUAUAUGUUUGGCUAAAAGGCAGCAGUUUUCAGAUGGACUCCCUGUUGAAAACCCGUCAAGCCCUAAUGAUAAAUUUGGUGAUAUCUUCAUAUUGUGUGCAAAAGAUGGAAAUGUUUUUGCGUCAUACGAUACACGUAAAGCUGCACUGUGUAUUAAUUCACACAAGCUUCAAUAGCAUUCCUUAACUAUCUUCAAAAUGGUCGCGCGGUCUUACUAUGAACUAAAGUCAUAGCCGCCGUUAGUGAGCCUUUAGGACCAGUACACUACCGUGGCAUUGUUAACGAUGUUCAGGCCUUAUACACUGUUUAGUUGGGCUAUAGAACCGGUGGGUAUCAGACCUCUUUAAGCGCUCUAGAAGAAACCACCUCAAAAUAUGAUCUUUUUCAACAUGCCGUUAUAAAACCCUGGCAAAGGCUGUGACCUGGUUGCCUCUCUACUUGACAGUACUCAAGCUCUACUACAAGUUAUAUAUUGCUGUUCUUGCUAAACUGUCCCAAAAAGACCGUGGUGAUACAGAGAAUAAAAUUUCAAAAACUUAUUAGCCAACCUAAUAAACCAAUGUGGAUAUGAAAUUAAAAGGUCUAAUAGAGAAAACCACGUAGAAUUUUAUAGUUUUAAAAUAAUUUUGCUGCACUUAAAAAUUUUUGCGUCAGGACACAAUGAAAAAAGCUUCCAUUUUCUGCCGCACCCUUACAGACCCCAUACUUGUGGCGCCCUUAAACUCCCUCAUUUCAGACCACGGAGUCCAACUGACCUGUCUGAUCAACCCCUGUUUCAACUUCAACAACGCCUGUCCCCGCGCUAAGCAUUGCGUUGCAGCCUACUGCGAAAAAAUCGGCUGUACGGCCUUCUACUACGACAGCUUUUACAAUCCAAUCUCCAACGAUGAGUGUGAGGUGAAGGUGCUGAAAAUUGGGGAUAUCGAGUUUGACGGGUUCAUCGGAAGAGCCAAACGAUUUGUCAGGAAUCUCAUUGAUCCUUCGCUCUAG